AUGAGUAGAGAGAAGAGAAGAUUCUUUAAUGAUCCAGGUGAGUCUAUCGACGUGUCAGAGUUUGAAAAUAGCGUGUUAUUCAACAGUCCGAAUAAUGACACUGUCGAAAAUGUGAUUAAAGAGGAGAAUGUGGUUGAACCUGUGAAAGAUGAUUUCACUACUUUUCAGGUAGAUAUUACCAAUGUUCUUGGUAAAUUACCUUUCGAAACCCUAAAAAGCUUGUAUGAUAGGUUUGAAGAUAAGGAGGAUAAGUUAAUGUUAGCAUUGGAUCAUCAUUUGAAGAAAGAAGAGUCACCAAAACCCAAUGAAUAUAAAGUAAUACCGCCAAUUCUGUUGGAGAAUAACCCUAAACGGAAAAGAACUCGGGGAAUACAAAUCCCUUUUGCCUAUGCUAAACGGUCUAACAGUUCAUUGGAGCAAUUACUACUCAAAAAAGAGAAGCUGUCAGAUGAAGAAGAUGAAUGGAAGAAAUAUGUGGGGACUCUAUAUGCUGAUGCUUUUGCCACAAGACCGUAUAUGAAACCUUUAGCAUAUGCAAAAGAAAUGACUAUACGAAGGAUCAAACCUAAAUCUUUGUCGGGAAAAGAUAAAAAACAGGAUUCAGCAGUGGUAAGAAUUUAUACCAGACCCCAUGACGAAUUCCCUGAAGAACGUGAGAUUGGUAGACUUAAAGAAGAUUUAACCAGAAUAUUUGCUCCUUUACUUGACUUAAAGUUGAUAUCAUUAGUAUCUUCAGUUAUGGUCGAAACAAAGAAAAGACUUUCUACAGGGGACGCUUUUUAUAUAAAGAUUGAUGUAUUUCUUACCAAAACAGCAUUUACCGCAAAGCCUGAAUAUAAUGAAUUAGAUAAUUUCAAGAAGAACGAUGUUAAGGCUAGAUUCAAUUUUGGAGCUGAAACUGAAAGUGAAUCGUUCUUAAGACUAAGGCAAUACGCCAUUUCUAGAUUAUUCAAUAAGUUGCAAAUAAAAUCAGUCAAGUUUAAAGAUAAUAAAGAAGUUAUGAGUACUCAAUUUGAGAUGGUUGAAAGUCCAAAUAAGGAAUCCAUUGAUUUGGAAGUGGAAGAAACCGAGGAAACUUUUGAAGAAAAUGAAAGUGAAUUAAACCUCGAUCAAUUACAAUCAUUUUACCUGGCUAAUCAACAAUCAGAAAUUCUCAAAGCUUUACCUUAUGUUAUACCACCUAAAGAAAACUUUGGUUUGGAAUUGAGGAAUUAUCAGAAACAUGGAUUAUCUUGGAUGUUAGCAAGGGAAAAAGAAUUGGAUAUUUUGAAGAUGUUAGUGGAAGAUAAUGACGAUACCAUAAGUCAAGAAAGUAUUGAUGAGAUUAAAUUGAUGGAUGAAGGUGUGAUGAAUCCUCUUUGGAAAACUUUCAAAUGGCCAAAGGCAGAAGCCAAAGAUAAUCUUGAUAAGUAUUUCUAUGGGAAUAUUCAUAGUGGGGAAUUGUCUCUUGAAAAACCAUUGAUAAAAUCAUCUGUCAAAGGUGGGAUUUUAUCCGAUGAAAUGGGAUUAGGUAAAACUAUCUCAGCAUUAUCAUUAAUAAAUUCUGUUCCUUACGAUACUGGAAUUAUUGAUGAUCCAUCGUAUGCUUUCCAGACUACGUUGGUUAUUGUGCCAAUGUCAUUAUUAACUCAAUGGGAGAAAGAAUUCAAGAAAUGUAACCAAAAUUCUAAUCAUAGAUGUAUGGUUUAUUAUGGACAACAAUCAUUCAGCGACUUGUCUAAUGUUUUGAUAGGGAAAACCAAACAUAUUCCAAUAAUGGUGGUCACCACUUAUGGAACUAUCUUAAGUGAAUAUACUAAGAUCGAGAAAAGAAGAGAUCCUGAUGGGAAUUUACCAAAAACUGGAUUGUUUUCUGUCAAAUUCUUCCGUAUUAUCAUUGAUGAAGGUCAUACGAUCAGAAAUAGAACUGCUAAGACUUCAAGAUCAAUCUUUGAAUUGAAAGCUUCCAGAAAAUGGAUUUUAACUGGUACACCGGUUAUCAAUCGUUUGGAUGAUUUGUAUUCAUUAGUCAAGUACCUUGAAUUAGAACCAUGGAAUAAUUUCUCCUAUUGGAAAACUUUCAUAACCUUACCUUUCGAACAAAAGCAAAUCAAAGAUACUUUGGAUGUAGUGAAGACCAUUUUAGAACCUAUAUUUUUAAGAAGAACUAAAGAUAUGAAAGAUAGUGAUGGUAAUCCCUUGGUAGUUCUCCCCCCUAAAGAAGUUGAAAUUGAAGAAAUCAAAUUCAAUGAUCGUGAAUUGAAGUUAUAUAAUUGGUUCAAAGACAAAGCAUCCAAGUCGUUUAGGGAAAGUUUACGAUCAGGUGAAGUAUUAAGAAAGUAUACACAAAUUUUGACUCAUAUCUUGAGAUUAAGACAGAUUUGUUGUCAUCAGGAUUUGAUCAGUAAAGUGGUGAAUGACAUGCAAGAAGAAGUUGAUGAAGAAAUGAAAGAUGAAGAUUUAGAAAUCUUCCUAAAGGAAUUGAACGAAGAUGAUGAAAAGUUUAAAGAUGAAACAGAAAUCAAUCAAAAGCUUUAUCUGAUGUACCAACCUAUUUAUAAUCAAUUGGAUCAAGUGGAGUGUUCAAUAUGUACCAGUACAUCUAUAGAUAUGAACGAGAUGAUUGUCACUGAAUGUAAACAUAUAUUCUGUAUCACAUGUUUACUUGAACAUAUUGAAUUCCAGAAAAACUCCAAUCAACCUUCGGUUUGUCCUAAUUGUAGAGAUCCAAUUUCAAAGUAUAAGCUUUUCAAAAUCAGGAAUAGAAUCACUACAAAAGCCGAGUAUAAAUUUCAUACAAAUAAAGAUAUAUUGGAAGAUUGGAAAUUCCAAGUAUAUCUUUAUGACCCUACUAAGACUUCUUCCAAGAUCCAAGCAUUGAUUAAUCAUAUUAAUGGUUUAAGAGCCCAAAACUUGAAUGAACCUAUUAUUGUAUUUUCCCAAUUUUCUUCCUUUUUGGAUAUCAUUGAAAACGAGUUAAACCUUCAGAUUGGUAAUAAGUACGUCAAGUGUUUGAAAUUCGAUGGAAGAUUGAAAAUGACUGAAAGAGAAAAACUCUUACAAGAAUUCAAUGAGUAUAAGAGUUCCCCCAAUACAUUAACCAUCUUAUUAUUGUCUUUGAAAGCAGGUGGUGUGGGAUUGAAUUUAACCAGUGCAUCCAGAGCAUUUAUGAUGGAUCCAUGGUGGUCACCAAGUAUUGAAGACCAAGCUAUUGAUAGACUUCAUAGAAUUGGACAACAGAACAAUGUUAAGGUAGUGAGAUUCAUUAUGGAAAAUUCCAUUGAAAUCAAAAUGUUAAAAAUUCAGGAAAUGAAAAAAUCAAUUGGAGAGAUUGUAGGAGUGGAAGAAGAAGAGAAAAGAAGAAGAAGAAUUGAAGAAAUUCAAAUUUUAUUCGAAGAAUAA